UGACAUGAGUGACGACAGACAGGAACCAGUUGAAGGGAGCUUGACAAAUCAAGAUGGCGUCCCACGCUGAAGCAGGAAAGAGAUGUCAUAAAUAAAAACUCAUCCGGAGAGGAGUUUCAAUCGGAGUGCCACCUCGACGCGACGUCGUUUGGAUUUUGAAAGAGGGAAGGCGGAGCAGAUACAGAGUCUCUAAAUGGCUGCGAGGAAGUCUGGAGCAGAUGCAUACAACAAUGGACCCAUCAGCUACCUUGAUGACGUUCCCUUCAGGAUCAAUAACAAAUUCCUCUGCCCAGCUAAAGUGGGGCUGCCUGUUGGUUUUUGUCCACCAGACUGUGACUCUUUGUUGUUUGAUACACAGUAUGACUUUUCUCUGGAGAAGCGUAGUGUACGCUGGGGGGUUGAACUGGCUGAGGCCAGAGCAGCAGAGGCUAGAGCAGAAGAGGAAGCAGCAGCCAAGCAGGAGGCAGAGAGCAGAGAGUGUUUGGCACAGGCCCAGGACAUUGAUGGUGGUGGAGGGAAGAAACACCUGACUGCUGCAGAGGACCAGGACCUUCUACCACCAGCGUUGAACCCUGUCCUGGCGGGUCUGAGCCACAACGCCAUCCUCACUCCACUGCCUGCCCCAAGCCUUGGCCCUAGGAAAAUUCAGCCGAGCACACCCCAGCCACACAGCCUCAAUCUAGCUGACUUUGAGCGGGAAGAGGACCCUUUUGACAAGCUGGAGCUCAAAACUUUGGACGAUAAGGAGGAACUCAGGAACAUCCUCCAGAGCCAGCCUCAACCUCAACCUCUUCCCUCUGUAUCCCCACCAGAGGUCUCCCAGAGGGGGUCACGUGGGAACAGCCCGUCUCCUCCCAGCACCAACACCAGCCUCGCAGCCAAACCUGGCUUUAACCAUAAACCCAACGGGUUGGUUGCCCUGCUGGACAUGGACAUAGUUGGGCAUCCUGGGAGAGCGGGGUUUGACACAGAUGAUCGACCAUGUAACAUUCGCUCUCUCACUUUCCCUAAGCUCUCUGAUUCUGGUGACCCAGAGCCAGUAAGAUACAGCCCACUCCCCACACCCAUCUCUGCUCCCCGACACAGCCUACCGAAUGGCAGCCCGCCGACCAUACCCAAGACCCAAGUUAUUGUUGCUCCUGAGCCACCAAGCCACACCAAGAGUGGUGCACCAAAAAUGGUCAACCCAGGGUCAGGACCUGCUACCCUUCCAUGUGGCGGAGCCCUGCUCAGCAUGACCCCCAGCGAGCGUCAGUGUGUGGAAACCCUUGUGGGCAUGGGCUACUCUUAUGAGGGUGUCCUUCGAGCCAUGCAGAGACAAGGACAGAACGUGGAGCAGGUACUGGAUUAUCUGUUUGUCCAUGGGCGUCUGUGUGAGCGGGGCUUUGAUGCCAGUGCAGUGGAGGAAUGUUUAGAGAUGUACCAAUGCUCAGAGGAAAAGGCCUUGCAGUUCCUUGAGCUAAUGUCAAGAUUUGGCGAAAUGGGAUUUGAGCGGGAUGCCAUCAAAGAGGUGCUGCUGGUCCACAACAAUGAUCAGGACAAGGCUCUAGAGGACCUGAUGGCUCGGGCUGCAGCAAGCUGAGCCAAGCUAACCGGCCAACCAAAGCCCUGUCCAGGGCUUGCCUCCCGCUACUACCCAACACAGCCCCUUUCCUCCUGCCUACCCUAUCAACACCAUGCCCUGCCCUUGCCUUGGCUGUGGAAAGGGCAACUGGGAGAUGGUUAUAUUUCUCUCUGUGCUAAAACGUAUUGUCUCUCAGCACUUCUUAAAGACUGUGUGCCUAGAGUGGAGGGGGUCAAAGUGUAACCAUAAUUCAUGGUGGUGUUUUUUUCUAACAAAUCCUGGGGUUUCCGGGAUUUGGUACUGCUAGGGUAUUUAAGAAUGGGAAGAAUGUCUGAGCUGCAAAGGAGAAACUGGAAGAAUUGUGACUGUGGCUGUUUUGAUGCCUCUGAUAUGCUUCCACUUGGAAGUGUUUUAUCUGACUGCAGGCAAAGCUGCAGGACCAAAUGUGGAGCUGCCGAUGAAAGGCUCUAAGCGCAUCACAGAAAAACCAGUUUGAACUCUUGAAACUCCCAAACAACUAAGCUGCCAUCUUCCACUGCUCAGUGCAGACCUAGUAAAUGGUGGAGGGGAUCUGGGGGAGGGGGGCGGGGUCCUCGAGGAGGCUCCAAUCAAACAGAACUGACUAACAUAUAAAAAAAUUUUAAAAAAGAAGAAAAAAAGAAAGGCCUAGUUGUCAGACAGUUAACUGACUCUCAAAAGUGCCCUCUCUGCUCUGGAGCCCUGCCCUCAGUUCUGUUCAUCUUUAUUCUUUCAUUCAUUCAUUCAUUUUUGUUGUUUAUUUGGGCACUUUUCCAUCACUUUGAAGAUUCCAUCGCUUUGCUUUCUGUUAUAGGAGCUGGAUAAUAAUAAUAAUAUCCAUAGUCAUUAUAAUUCUUAAGAGAUACUACCUCCCCAGUACACUCUUUGACCUGCACUGGAAUGCCCUGUAUAAGAAGUGGGGGAAAAAAUGUGGAAAGAUUCUCUGUAGGAAAUAAUAAGAAAUUUGUCAAAACCCACUGGCACUGACGUGUCACAUGCUACACAGGCACACACAUUUCAUACUUAUCAGCUUAUUUAAAAUAGUACACUGACACUUUUGUUAAAAAAAAAAAGAGUUUGAUAUGAUAAUGUAAGAUAUGUAAACACGCGAGCGCUUUGAAUUGUCAUGGAUUUUCUGUUUGCAUACUGGAAAAGAGUGAGAAAAAAAAAGGACAAGAUGUAAGUGAGGGUUGCUUUUGCAGCCACAUCACAGUGCAAUAGAGACAUUUCAUAUUGUGUGACUGUUGACUGGCACUUUGAGCCUCAAGUAAUUGUUGGGAGAUGGGGAACGGUAUUCGAGCCUUUGCUGAUUCCUAUCAUUUAUUCUCUGUUAUUAGAUUUCAUAUCGCAAAAUCGAAUCAAACAUGACUUUGGUUUGUCGACGACUUGUCCACUUUCUUUUCUCACGUGUAAUAAUCUUGAUUUUAUGUUUGUCGACAUCGCCUUAGUCGUAAAAAGGAAAGUCAGUCAGCAGAACUCAAAAGUGUUGUGCCACUUGUUGAUUGGCUGUAAUUGCUUAAAAGAAGACCAGAAUCCUUUUCUUUCUUUUUUUUUUUAAAGAGUUUGUGGACCUUGUGAGUUCCAUGCUACAUAUGUUGACAAAGCAUGUCUGCUCAAUUGCACUGAGGGCAAAGAUGGCAGAAAUGUCCAUAAUCUUGAGCUCUGUGGGAUUGUGAGUGGCAUGGUAACAGAUUAAGGGCUUAAAGUUGGCAUAAUGUGACUGGGAGAACUGGCACUUUGCGUGGGGCAGGUCCAUUACAUUGUUUCACAAGUGCAAGAAGAAACUUUGUAACCACCAAUCUAUUUAACAGCAACUCUGGGUUUGACAAAUAUAGACAAACCCAGACUAUACAGUUUACACAUAGUACAGUUUAUUGCCAAUAAAGACAUCAUUUUACAUGUUUAAUAGAAGCUAUCAGCAACUAGUGUCAGCAGAAUAAUCAGUACCAGUCAAACCAGAAGGAUGAGUACGUGUUGUAUCACAUAAACUUUCUGGAUGCUUGCAACAAAUUUGCAACGAAGAACAAACGACAAAACUCUCCAGUGUUUGCUUAAGUGACAUACAUCAUCAUGACUCAGUCCUUCACUCCAUUUUUGCUUCUCUUCUUUGGUUAGCACAGUGCAAACAUUGUGACACACACAAGGUAGAGUCCUUAUUUAAGCCAGAGUUUCGUCCAAUAGUUGACAUUGUGAUCACCGAAAUAAGUGUUUUCAUCCAGCUGUUUAAAUUGCCUUCCUUGUUGAUUUACUGUGAUAAAGAAGAAUGAAACAUUCAUUUUACAGAUAAACACAUAAGUGGUAUUAUUGUCGCCUUACAUAACUGGAGUGUGGUUUUCUUAAUCACACAUAAAGCAAGUUGAUGUCCACUCUUCUGAAAGCCUCACAAGUUGGAGUCAAGUAUAGCAGGUUCUGGGCCUCCUCCAUCAAUGCCUCCUCCCAUUUCUGUUACGAUCUUCUAGUUGUGUGGAGAUGAAACGCAACUAGACUGUUAUUAUUUAGGGUGUCAUGUCUAAGGGUUUAUAUAUCAAAUCCACUUCUAAGUAACUGCAUAAUUGAACAUGGGGCGCUAAUGAAUCUAAUGAACAUUGGAAUAUCUUACUGGUAUAAUAAAUGGUGGGCGAGGUGAGUGUUCCUUUCCCAUGCUCCUGAAAUGUGAUUUUACAAAAUGUUCAGUUUCUUCUCGAAUGAUUUGGAAAAUCCACACGAUUAAAUGUGCACAUCUUUUCAGUGGUGAGACUGUU